AAUGGCCUCUACUUCCAGAAUAUGGUUGACGCAAAGGCUGUUAUGAACAACGUUCAGUGGCGUGCACCAGUAUUCGACAGCACUAUCCCCCAGACUGACAAAGACCAUCAGGAUGUAGUCAGAAAGCUUCUGUGGGCUUUCAAAGAUAUGUCCAUGGCUAAGGAUACUGCAGAGAACGCUUACCGCAAACGUUUAACCCUAGGCGAAGCAUCGUACUACCAAGAUUGGGCAAUCGAGGCAUGUGCUUGGGAUAUUGUUCGGAUGGCCAAAUCCAUACACACCGACGGCUUCAGAGCUCCGAUUUACGACAAGAACCUGGUCAACUAUAUCGGUCAAACUCAGGAGUGGACUUUUGAGGAGCGCAUCGACUGGAUCUGCACUAAGAACGAAAAGGCGUGGAACAUCGUCGGUGCACCUCAUAAGAUGUACCAGAGCACGUUGACCAAUACCAUCGCGAACGCCAACCGCGGAGCAUGGGUCAAGAGCGGCCGUCAAGCAGACACUGAACAUCAAGCUCGUGUCAACAAGCGUAGGAAGACAAUCCAUUUCUCGGACGACCAGAAG